CAGUUUUAUACAGAUAGGAUGAUAAGCGACACCCGACUUAUGUUAUCAGCCAUUCAAUACCGCGGCGACGGCACUGCAAGAUAGGUUUAAAGAAAUGGUUCGGGAGCUCACCCCAGAGUUGGCGAAGCUAGCCAAUGAAGAAUUGAAUGAGAACCCAAAGCAAAUCAAAGAUGAUUUGCAGCAUAUUAAGGACUGGAUCGCGAAGCAACCCCAUCUGAGGGCAAGAACAGAUGACCAGUGGCUGGUGGGGUUGCUCCGAGGUUGUAAGUUCAGUUUAGAACGGCUGAAGAAAAAGUUGGAUCUGUACUACACGUUGAAGACCACGGCUGCAGAUAUAACCUUGACGUUUAAACCGACAGAACAGGCGUUCUUGGACUUUCUGAGGGUUGGGACAGUUAUUGUAUUACCUAAAGCUAAAACCCUUCACCCCCGAGUUAUCCUCAUAAGGCCCGGCGCAUACGACCCGUCAGUCAAUACGGUAUCAGAGCUAAUGUGCAUAUUAUAUUAUUUAGUUCAGAUUGUUGUCGUAGAAGACGAUGUCGCCACAGUGAUGGGAACGAAGAUAGUGGUGGACUACGAAGGUGUUACUAUGUCCCAUUUAACACAAGCAAACCCGAGCACGCUCAAGAAAAUGAUUGCUGUCAGCCAGGAUUCUAUGCCUCUACGUUUAAAAGGAAGUCAUCAUAUGCGAUUGCCGAGUGGAAUAGAAGUCAUAUUUACACUUAUUUCUGGAUUACUAAAUGAAAAAGCGAAGCAAAGGCUUAAAAUUCACAAGAGUACUAGCGAAUUAUUAGAUUUUCUUCCAAAAGAAAUUAUUCCAGCAGAGUAUGGCGGUGAUGGCGGCACCUUCAAGGAAAUGAUAGAAUACUGGGCAGCUAAAAUAGUUGAAUACAAGGAUUGGAUGCAAGAGGAGCAGCUGUUAGGCACAGACGAAGCUAAAAGGCCCAAGCAGUCUGGCUACAACAGCACUGACGUCGAUGGCUCCUUCAGGCAGUUGGAGAUAGAUUACUGUAUUAGCGAUAACACGAUAUACAUACAUACUAUUACAACCAUGGCGAUCUCGAUUCGGCCGCUACCAGCUGCUCUUCUAAAAAAAGCACAAGAGGAUAUCAAUGAGGACCCGAAGAGAGUGGACUCCGACAUCCAAGCCCUCAAGACCUGGCUGAGCCAACAACCACACCUUCAUUCUGUACAGCCAUCGGAUCAAUGGAUAGUUGCAUUUCUACGUGGAAGUAAAUUCAGUUUAGAAAGGAGUAAAGAAAAAAUGGACAUGUAUUAUACACUGAAAACCAUUGUUCCUGAAUUUUUCGCCAACAGAGAUCCCUUAGAUCCAAGAAUUCAAGAAAUAUUACAAUUAGGGACUUUUUUGCCGUUAAAGAAAUGUAAGGAAGAAGACUCUUCAAGAAUAAACAUAGUAAGGCUAGGUCUCUUCAACCCUUCUAAGUUUCAUCUGUCGGACGUGCUCAAGGUCUCGUUCAUGAUAACCGAGAUCUUGUUCCUGGAAGAUGACAAUUUCACUGUGGCUGGUGAGGAGGUGAUAGUCGAUAUGAAAGGUGUUGGCGUGAGCGUGCUGAGUCAGUGGACACCAGCCUUAGCCAAGAAAGCGGUGUCCACCUUCGAGAAGGCACUGCCAGUGAGGGUCCGCGCCAACCACAUCUUGAAUACGCCGACUGGUUUUGAAGCAGCAUAUAACAUCUUCAGGACUUUUCUUGGCGAAAAGUUAAAAAAGAGGAUUCUAGUUCACAACCAGAACUACGAAGCCAUGUACAAAACCAUUCCUAAGUCGAUUCUUCCAGUAGAAUAUGGCGGAGAAGAUGGCUCUGUUACGGAACUAACAGAAUACUGGAAAGCCAAAGUUGAGAGUUACCGAGACUGGUUCUUGAAAGAAGAAAGCACUCGUUCGGACGAGUCCAAAAGACCCGGCACUCCGAAGACCUCAUCGGCCCUCUUUGGGGUCGAGGGCUCCUUCAGGAAACUUGAAGUCGAUUGAGGCUACAGCAUAAAUUACUUAGAACAAUGUAAAGCUGGAUUUAUAUUUGUCUAACAUGUUGUGUCGUGGUGUGUUUUUUGACGCAUCAGAACAGAAUCGGUGUCAUGCAUUAUGCGACACGUUAGAAACCACCACUAC